AAGUUAAAAAAAAAAAUUGGGAAUCUAAGGAGGUGGGGGACCCUGAGAGGGGGGUCACAAAGAGUGAGAAAUGGCCACCAGGCGUUUAACCGACGCUUUCUUGUUGUUGCGGAAUAAUUCCAUCCAAAACCGGCAGCUGUUAGCCGAGCAAGUGAGUAGUCACACCACCUCCAGCCCUCUGCAUUCACGUAGCAUUGCUGCGCUUGCUGAUGACCGCAUGGCACUGGUGUCAGGCAUCAGCUUAGAUCCAGAAGCAGCAAUCGGUGUGACAAAGCGGUCACCUCCAAAGUGGGUGGAUGGAGUAGAUGAGAUACAGUAUGGUGUUGGCCGGAUUAAGCAGAAGAUGAAGGAGUUAGCCAGCCUUCAUGACAAGCAUCUGAACAGACCCACCCUGGACGACAGCAGUGAGGAAGAGCAUGCCAUCGAGAUAGCCACCCAGGAGAUCACACAGCUCUUCCAUAGGUGUCAGCAUGCUGUGCAGGCCCUUCCCAGCCGGGCACGAAGGGCCUGCUCCGAGCAGGAAGAGCGGCUACUGCGGAACGUGGUGGCCUCCCUGGCACAGGCCCUGCAGGAGCUGUCCACCAGCUUCCGGCAUGCACAGUCCGGCUACCUGAAACGCAUGAAGAACCGAGAGGAAAGAUCACAGCAUUUCUUCGACACAUCGGUGCCACUGAUGGAUGAUGGAGAUGAUGCCGCCACUCUCUAUGGUCAGGGCUUCACGGACGACCAGCUGGUACUGGUAGAGCAGAACACACUGAUGGUGGAGGAGAGGGAGCGAGAGAUCCGUCAGAUUGUACAGUCUAUUUCUGACCUCAACGAGAUCUUCAGGGACUUGGGAGCCAUGAUUGUGGAGCAGGGCACAGUCCUCGAUAGAAUUGACUACAAUGUUGAACAGUCCUGUGUCAAGACGGAAGACGGCUUGAAGCAGCUCCACAAGGCAGAGCAGUACCAAAAGAAGAACCGGAAGAUGCUUGUGAUCUUGACAUUGGUUGUCAUCAUCGUUGUCCUCAUUGUGGUCCUCAUCGGUGUAAAGUCUCGCUAGUGGCACCAGGUUUUUGAGAGUGCUACUGCAUGGAUUCCUUGGGAGUGAGGGCUUGGCUGGCGCCCCACCACUGCACUCCCUUCAGAGCGCGGCCCACUGACUCAGCAAUGGGCAGUGGACCUUCUCGUGGACGCCUCCCAGCUGGUGGACUGGAGUGCAGGCACGGCCUUGUGUUUCCAUCUCUGUCCAGAGUUUAAGAACUUGAUGCUGUUGCUGAAGAGACUGGCCUGUGACCAGCAUAAUAUGACCAUGUGUUUUAGAAGGUGAAAGGAGUGGAAAGUUUACAGGAGUUGCUGAAGUUUCUGCGUGAUAUGUAUACGCUCAUUUUUAGCACUCGUGUCUGAAUACCAUGUUAAAUAAUUUUUGGGGAAAUUUUUUUUUAACCAUCUGGUUUUUAAGAAGUUUGGUACCAAAAAUUUAUGAGUAGAGGCAAAUGCCUCUUUAUCUUCCCAGAUGAAAACAAACCAAGAAGUCCUUCAAGGAUUUAUACUCCUUUCCCAUUAACUUAAUUUAGCUUUCCAUCACUGUUAACGAUCAGAGUAACAAAGUGUGAAAAAUAAGAAACUAUCAUUGAUGUUAAUUAACACAUUUAGACGGGCCAGUUAAACCAGCUUCAUGGGUUUAAAUCAAUUGUAAAUAGUGUCUUUCUCAUUCAGAAUUUUGCAUUGCAUUUUCUACUGUAAACCAAGAGAGGUUACUAAGCAAACCCUCUGGAAUCAGAAAGUUGGUCAUUUGAACCAACCUCACAUUAUGAGAAAGCUUGACAGUGUCACGAACUAGAUUGAGCCUGUGUCCCCAGCCAUCCUUACUCAGUCCAUUACUUACAUUCUAGCAACGUAAUGACCUGUCCAAACCUGGCUCCAUUUAAUGAACUGUGAAUUUACACAGAGGCCAUUUUAAAUGGGUCACCCCAUUUAGGAUUAGUGGAUCUCGAAUUAUUAACCAAACAUCACUCCAUUUCAAAGUAAAAUAUUCUACUCAUGAUUUGACUUAUCGACUCUUCCGUUGCCACUUAGCAAUGCCAAGAAAGCAGUAAUAUUCCUGAGGACAGUGAGAACCUCAACUAGGGAAACCCUGUGUCUGUCUGU